AUGGCUCCCCUGGCCUUGGUGGGGUUUGCACUCCUCCUGGGGACUCCCCCAUGCUCAGGGGCAGCCACCCCGACCCCCUCCCUGCCACCUCCCCCAGCCAACGACAGCGAUGCCAGCAGCAUGGAGGGCUGCCAGGGCUCCAACCGCUGCCAGCCAGGGGUCCUGCUGCCCGUUUGGGAGCCUGAUGACCCGUCGCUGGGGGACAAAGCAGCGCGGGCCGUGGUCUACUUUGUGGCCAUGGUCUACAUGUUCCUGGGUGUAUCCAUCAUUGCCGACCGCUUCAUGGCAUCCAUCGAGGUCAUCACGUCCAAGGAGAAAGAGAUCACUAUCACUAAGUCCAAUGGCGAGACCAGCGUGGGCACCGUCCGCAUCUGGAACGAGACCGUGUCCAACCUCACACUCAUGGCCCUGGGCUCCUCGGCCCCUGAGAUCCUGCUGUCUGUUAUUGAGGUCUGCGGCCACAACUUCCAGGCGGGCGAGCUGGGCCCGGGCACCAUCGUGGGCAGCGCUGCCUUCAACAUGUUUGUGGUCAUUGCCGUGUGCAUCUACGUCAUCCCAGCCGGUGAGAGCCGCAAGAUCAAGCACCUGAGAGUCUUCUUUGUCACCGCUUCUUGGAGUAUCUUCGCCUACGUCUGGCUCUAUCUCAUCCUUGCCGUCUUUUCCCCGGGUGUGGUCCAGGUGUGGGAGGCGCUGCUGACCCUCGUCUUCUUCCCGGUGUGCGUGGUGUUCGCCUGGAUGGCUGACAAGCGGCUGCUCUUCUACAAGUACGUGUACAAGCGCUACCGCACCGACCCGCGCAGCGGCAUCAUCAUCGGCGCCGAGGGCGACCCCCCCAAGAGCAUCGAGCUGGACGGCACGUUCUUGGGCGCCGAGGCACCGGGCGAAGUGGGCGGCCUGGGCCCGGGGCCCGCCGAGGCCCGCGAGCUGGACGCCAGCCGCCGCGAGGUCAUCCAGAUCCUCAAGGACCUCAAGCAGAAGCACCCGGACAAGGACCUGGAGCAGCUGGUGGGCAUCGCCAACUACUACGCGCUGCUGCACCAGCAGAAGAGCCGCGCCUUCUACCGCAUCCAGGCCACGCGGCUAAUGACGGGAGCGGGCAACGUGCUGCGGCGACACGCGGUGGACGCUUCGCGCAGGGCCAGCCCGGCCGAGGGCCCCGGCGAGGACGAGGACGACGGCGCCAGCCGCAUCUUCUUUGAGCCCAGCCUCUACCACUGCCUGGAGAACUGUGGCUCCGUGCUGCUGUCCGUCACCUGCCAAGGCGGCGAGGGCAACAGCACCUUCUACGUGGACUACCGCACGGAGGACGGCUCCGCCAAGGCCGGCUCCGACUAUGAGUACAGCGAGGGCACGCUGGUGUUCAAGCCGGGCGAGACACAGAAGGAGCUGCGUAUCGGCAUCAUCGACGACGACAUCUUCGAGGAGGACGAGCACUUCUUCGUGCGGCUGCUGAACCUACGCGUGGGCGACGCGCAGGGCAUGUUCGAGCCCGACGGCGGCGGGCGGCCCAAGGGGCGGCUGGUGGCGCCGCUGCUGGCCACCGUCACCAUCCUGGACGACGACCACGCGGGCAUCUUCUCCUUCCAGGACCGCCUGCUGCACGUGAGCGAGUGCAUGGGCACCGUGGACGUGCGCGUCGUGCGCAGCUCGGGCGCGCGCGGCACCGUGCGCCUCCCCUACCGCACAGUGGACGGGACGGCGCGCGGCGGCGGCGUGCACUACGAGGACGCGUGCGGAGAGCUCGAGUUCGGCGACGACGAGACCAUGAAAACUCUUCAGGUGAAGAUAGUUGAUGAUGAGGAAUAUGAGAAAAAGGAUAAUUUCUUCAUCGAGCUGGGCCAGCCACAGUGGCUUAAGCGAGGGAUUUCAGCUCUGCUACUCAAUCAAGGGGAUGGGGACAGGAAACUGACGGCUGAGGAGGAAGAGGCUCGGAGGAUAGCAGAAAUGGGCAAGCCGGUUCUUGGGGAAAACUGUCGACUGGAGGUCAUCAUUGAGGAGUCGUAUGAUUUUAAGAACACAGUGGAUAAACUCAUCAAGAAAACGAACUUGGCUUUGGUGAUUGGGACCCAUUCGUGGAGAGAGCAGUUUUUAGAGGCAAUUACGGUGAGCGCAGGGGACGAGGAGGAGGAGGAGGACGGGUCCCGGGAGGAACGACUGCCGUCAUGCUUUGACUACGUCAUGCACUUCCUGACGGUGUUCUGGAAGGUUCUGUUCGCCUGCGUGCCCCCCACCGAGUACUGCCACGGCUGGGCCUGCUUCGGUGUCUGCAUCCUGGUCAUUGGGCUGCUCACCGCCCUCAUUGGGGACCUCGCCUCCCACUUCGGCUGCACCGUUGGCCUCAAGGACUCUGUCAACGCUGUCGUCUUCGUGGCCCUGGGCACCUCCAUCCCCGACACGUUCGCCAGCAAGGUGGCGGCGCUGCAGGACCAGUGCGCCGACGCCUCCAUCGGCAACGUGACGGGCUCCAACGCCGUGAACGUGUUCCUGGGCCUGGGCGUGGCCUGGUCUGUGGCCGCCGUGUACUGGGCGGUGCAGGGCCGCCCCUUCGAGGUGCGCACCGGCACGCUGGCUUUCUCCGUCACGCUCUUCACCGUCUUCGCCUUCGUGGGGAUCGCCGUGCUGCUGUACCGGCGCCGGCCGCACAUCGGCGGCGAGCUGGGCGGCCCGCGCGGCCCCAAGCUCGCCACCACCGCGCUCUUCCUGGGCCUCUGGUUCCUCUACAUCCUGUUCGCCAGCCUGGAGGCUUACUGCCACAUCCGGGGCUUCUAG